CCCAUGAUGACAUUGUCCAAUCAGGAAGCAUCUUCUCUUGAUCGGAUGUUUAUAUACGCUCGCAUAUUCCAGUUUGCCUGAGGUCCUCGUCACACCCCAGGCUGCCAUGUGGUUCAGUCUCAGUCCUUCUCCCCACCGCCGCGAUUGCCAGGCCAAACAACAAGAGCGUCAGCGCCAGUUUGAUGCGUUACCACCCUCAUAUAACGAAGCGUGCACGGAAGAAGACGAUAAAAUCCUUGACUUGUCGCUCUCAGACCUCGCCCACUCACAUGCGUCCGCUUCGAUAUCGACGCCUGCUAUCUUACAAGCGUACGGGAAGAAGGUCGUUGCAGCUCAGCAAGCAUCCAAUUGCAUUGCUGCUGUGCUGAUACCCGACAUUCUGCACUCUAAUGCACCGCAGCUACUUCUACCCGCAACCGUAGACGUUGACUCGAGCCAGUCUUCACUGUUGGAAGAGAAACAUUUACUUUCUGGCAUCCCGGUGUCGAUAAAAGAUUGCAUUGACAUUAAAGGAUACGACACCACCGUAGGUUACUCUUCCCGUGCCAACAAACCGGUUCCGUCCUCCGCAGCCAUCGUCCGACUCCUACAUGACGCAGGUGCGCUCACUCACGUCAAGACCACCGUUCCACCGGGCCUCCUCAACGUUGACACCUCCUCCGACCUCUUCGGCCGCACGUCCAACCCGUACAACUCUGAAUACUCGUCUGGCGCAUCGACAGGCGGCGGCGGCGCACUUCUCGCGCAGAGAGGUAGCAUGAUCGAGAUUGCAACGGAUAUCGGCGGGAGCGCGAGAUUGCCGGCACACUGGUGCGGUGUUUAUGGGAUGAAAUCGUCGAUUGGUCGGUUCCCCUCAUGGGGCACUGUUCCACCUCUGCCUGGCCUCGAGGGCCUGGAGACGUCCUGUUCGCCCAUGGCAAGACGCUUAGACGAUUUGGAGGAGUUUUGGAAGAGAGUCAUUGCUAUGAAGCCGUGGGAGUAUGAUCAUACGUGUAUACCGUUAUCGUGGAGACCUGUCAAUUUACGAGGGAGGAAAUUGCGAUUUGGUGUCUUAUGGGAUGACGGUAUCACCCCACCUACGCCCGCAUGUCGACGUGCUCUCCAAAUAACGGUCGACGCACUCCGAAGGCAAGGUCACGAUGUCAUCGACAUCACCCCACCUUCGAUACUUGAGGGCCUCAUGAUCGCUUUCCAACUCGCUUUCUCGGACGGUGGUGUCGACUUCUUCAACGCAGUUCGUAAAGACGAAAGACUCGACCCAGUUCUCACAGCAACAAAAUCCCUGCUUUCUCUUCCACUUUUCUUUAAAUCCCUCCUCGCUCGCUUCACAUCAGACCCUGUCCAAUACGCCAUGCUCACGUCGGUGCACGCCAAAUCCCCCUCACAAGAACGUGCACUCGUCGUGGCGCGCGAGGAAUACCGAGCGAAAUGGAGAGAAGUGUGGGAGAGCAAUGAGUGGGAUUUCCUGGUGUGCGCUCCUCAUCCAAGUCCGGCGAUACCAAAAGGGACGGCGGAGAAGGUGACGUUGGUCAGCUGCGCUAACAUGAUAAUUUGGAAUAUCCUCGAUUACACAGCUGGUGUUCUCCCAAUCACCACUGUUCAAUCUACUCUCGACGCUCUCCCUCCCGGUUUCCUUAACUCCCCCGAGUAUGCCGCAAUGGGUCUCGUUGCGAAAGGGGUUUAUGGGGUGUAUGACGCAAGCAAGAUGGAAGGGUUACCGGUGGGAGUAGAGGUCGUGGGUAGAAGGUUGGAGGAAGAGAAGGUGUUGGAAGGUAUGAGGGUUGUCGAGGAGGCGGUAAAGGCAAACGGGAUGGGUAAGAGUGGGACGAAUGACGUAGUGGGAAAGAACGACAGCGCAUGAGUGUGAGUGAGCGAGUCGUUUGGGUCAGUUUCGGUUUGACCCUCACUUGACAGUUCUAUCCCUCGUUUGCGGAUUAACGGAUCCUAGAGCAACAACAUCGCUCAGCCUAUCUAGCCGUCCUCCCCUUAUCAAUCCAUUCGCCCAACUCCAUUAUUCUAUGCAUCUCUCCAUUUCCCCAUUGUUGUCUAUCUAUCAUACCUUACAAUCUAGUAAACUAUCUAUCAGCACGGUCUUUACCAUCCACCAAAUACCAC